AUGUUUUCAAAGGUUUCUGAGUUUUUAUGGAAAAUAUUCCUAAUCAUAAGUUUGUUCAACUUUACGAAUGGAGUAGACUCCGAACCCCACGAUACGCAUGGAAAAGACUCUGAGCCCCUCUUUACGCCUGAAAAGGACUCCGAGUCCCACUAUACGCCUGAAAAGGACUCCGAGCCCCACUUUACGCCUGAAAAGGACUCCGAGCCCCAUUCAGAAGACAUAAAUCACAACCCAAGUAAAUUCCAUUCCAUCCUGUAUAAAGAAUUACCGUUUACCAAAGAAAAGGGAAACCACACUAACUCAGAAAUGCUAGAGAAUCCAUUUGGAUGUGAAUGUGGUGCUGGGGAUUAUGGAGAGACAGUGGAUUCAGAUAUAUCCCUUCAUCAGGAGUAUUCCUUCCCACCCAUCACUAACCGUAUAGUUAACGGAUACGAUGCAAAGCAAAAGCCAUGGAUGCUGUUUUUGCAUAUAAAAUCUAGAUUUGAUGAGAGUGUUUCAACCAGCUGUGGAGCGACCAUUCUAAAUCCGAGAUGGGCCAUCACAGCAGCACAUUGUUUGUGCAGUCCAAGCGAUCUUCGGGCUGGACUAAUUUGUGAGAGAAAGGAUGGUGUAACCAAAGCUAUGUACAAACCAUACGAUCCAAAUUUGGGAUUUGACAUGUUUAUAUAUUUUGGAACUUCUGCAAUACACUUUAUAUUGAAUGGAGAUGAAAGAGAUGUUAGAAAAUUUAGAUUAAGUUUAAAGAAGGUUCUAAUACAUCCUGGAUUCCUACUUUCUUCUAAAGAUAUGAGUGAUGUUGGGGCUGAUGUGGCAUUGAUUCAGACCAGGAGAUCCAUUCCUUUCUCAGAGAGUGUAUCACCCAUUUGCCUACCAGGACCAACUUUUAGAGAUGAAGAAGUAGAUGCCUUUAUAGUUGGAUAUGGGAGAACUUCAGAUGCUUUCUGUAUGACUACUGGGGAGGGACCUGAUCCGUUCAAACAGUGUAGAAGUCUAGCACUAGUUAGUGUUCCAUACAAAUAUGAGAAUGGAUAUCAACCUGAACCUUUUAGUGGGUGCUCUUUUCUACCAACACCACAGAGUUUCAAUCCUCGUUGCAGUUUGUCAAUGAUAGAGACUGCUCUGAACCAGAAUGGAAUGUCCUGGGAACAGGAUGUUACCAGGAAUGGGUUUGUAACCCUGGAAUACAAUGGCGUAAAUUCCACUUGCUACAGGAAUACCCCUUCACUAGAGAACCAUGGUUGGUGUGGGGUCUGUGAUACUGUAAGAUAUUUUGACAAAAAAAAUAGAAAUAAAGUUUAAAAAAAACGAAAAAUUGAGUUUUUGCCACAAAAUCAA